CACUACAGUCACCUCAAAAAUCACGCUUCUUUAAAAAAGCAUUUGCGUAAUGUUUCGAAGAAAAAAAAUCAAAUACAAAUUAAACAAUGUUUAAAAACGGAUCAGGCCAGCUUUAAAAAGAAAGUUUACCAUGCCGAACUAAAUCUGACUAUGUUUUGCAUACAGCACAAUUUAUCUUUUUUGUUAAUGGACUUUUUGCCUCAAUUGCUAAGUGAGUGCUGUCCGGAUUCUAAAAUAGCAGCGGCUCUUAAAUGCGGCAGAACAAAAUCAAAGAUGUUGACUGAUGUCUUGGGAGCUAAGGCAAAAGAAAACAUUGUGUCCGUUCUUCAAACAACAAAAUUUUCUUGUAUCAUCGACGAAACGACGGACGUCAGCAGUAAAAAAUCGCUAGUUAUUGUUGUGAGAUAUUAUGACAAGUUAGCUCAUAAAGUGCGAGACAGGUUUCUAAGUCUCAUCGAAGUUUCUAAAACGGAUGCCGAUUCGUUGUAUAAUUACAUCAAUGAUUUUUUUUCUGCAACUAACAUCCCAUUAAAGAAUGUAAUAGGGCUAGCAACUGACGGAGCUAAUGUUAUGGCAGGGGAACUGGGUGGCCUAAAGGCGAAAUUUAUGAAAGAUGGGGAUAUAUUUUACAUAAAAUGCUCGUGUCAUUCUUUGCAUCUGUGUUCUGCCUAUGCAUGCAAAAAGCUACCAAUUGAAAUAGACAAAUUAUGUCGAAGCAUUUAUACUUUCUUUGCGCAUAGUGCCAAACGAAUAUACGAUUUCAAAGAAUUUCAAGAAUAUUGUCAGGUUGAGCCGCACAAAAUAUUAGGCGUCUCAACCACGCGAUGGCUUGCAUUAGAAGGAGUGAUUAACCGAAUUAUUGAGCAAUGGGAUGCCUUGCAAUUAUAUUUUAUUUCCAACGUAAUUGAAGUGAAUGGAAUUAAUGCGGCUAAAUUGGCGAAAAAAAUGGGGAAUCCCUCUUUAAGGGUUUACUUCUUAUUCCUUUCAUAUGUUCUUAAAAUAAUUAAUGAUUUAAACAAAGAUUUCCAAUCAGAAAAAAUUCGUCUACCUUACCUUUAUUCAAGAGUGAAUAUGACCAUUAAACUUACUUUAUCUAAUUUUAUGAAAAACAGUGUUGUAAAAAACUUAGAUGUAAAUGCAAUUUUAACUGAUUUUGAAAAACUAAAUAAUUAUAACGACGAAAAAAUUACGUUUGAAAACAUAAGCAAGGCGCAGCAGGACAUGUUUUGAAUAUAGAUCAAAUCUUUAUUGGUAAUAAUACAGAAACCUUUCUGAAAAAGUCCGGUCUUUGUCAAUCCGAAGUGAUUGAAGUUAAAGAAUAUAUUUUAAAGUUUUAUGUUGAGCUUAUUGUUCAAUUUAAAAAGCGAUUUGAUUUUUCCAGAAAAGAUUUGCAAUAUCUGUCUAUAAUAACUCCAACUGAAGUUAUUUCAAAUGAUGAACUUUCGUUGUUGCCUUUACUUUCAACAUUUCCGUAUUUGGUUGAAGGAAACUCGGAAGAUGUUAAUACAGAAUGGAAAAUGUUGAGGCUAAGCAACAUCGGCCUUCAGCCUGAUAUGGAUAUUAUAGAUUUUUGGGAAAAAGUCUCAUUGCAAAAAAAUGGGUUGGGAGAACAAUGUUUUAAAAAUCUCACGAGUUUCGUAUUUAAUAUUUUGUCACUACCACAUAGUUCUGCUGCUGCAGAAAGGAAGUUUUCCGACUUAAACCUCAUAAAAACUAGGAUUAGAAACCAACUAAAUAUAAGUACUGUUGAUACAAUAAUGCUAUCAAAAGAAUUGAUUGCUGAAAAAAUCGAACCACACUAUGUGUGGUGUGCAAAUGAAGCAUUCAAGUAAAUACAUACAUAAGUGCAUACGUACAUACUUUAGUUAAAGUUACCAAAGGCCCUUAAUGAUGAAUUUGUUUUUAAGUGAAGCAAACGAUUUUUCAAGCUUUUAUAUUGAAUGCUUUAUCGCGGGUUUCUGGAAACAACAUUCACAAUUGCAUUUUCAAGAUAUAAACAAACGGAAUAUUUUGAAAAAAAAGCAUAUUUCCAAAAAUUGUAUGUGCCUUGGGUAAUGUGAAUAAUCACACAUAUGUAGGUACAUGUAUUUUUAUACGUAUUUCUUGUAAAUUUUCAAAAUGUUAAUUUUACACACACUUCCUUUUUUUUACAUACAUGUAUAAAUUGUUAAGCUUUAAGUUUGUAUUGAUCGAAAACCGAAUAUCUGCAUUCUUUAUGAAACAAAACUUAUAUGAUCUCAA